AUGAAAAUCGAGAGUGAGAAUUCGGAACCAGAGAUGCCUCUGGGCUAUAUGCAUGAUUCGAACAAUGUCAAUUGUGUCUGCACGUAUUGCAUGAAACAGAAGGAGAACGAGAGCCAAAAGAAUGACGGAGCCAAAAAAAUGACGCAACAGGAUCAAGAUGGUCCCCAGAUUCAAUCGAAUGUCAAGAAAAUGCGUAAACGGAAAUGCAAUGAGGCCAAGGAACCGAAACGAGGUAAAAAAGAACCUGCUGGUAAGCAAGUUCGACAGCCACGAAAACGUCAGCAUGGUGAUGACAAGGAAGCGGAACCCAAGCGUAAACGUGAAAGAUCUAAAAGCCCCGAAACUGUUGUGGAACUUAUUCUGCCCCAAAGAGUCAAAGAAGCACUCGAAGAACUACAUGCUGCAGUGAAGCCGAAACCUAAGCGUAAACGGAAUGCAGUCGAGAAAUCUACGUUCUCCACCAGGCAACUCCGUCGAAAACUACAGGAAAGGAAGAAGCAACAAAGAGUUGUUAAGAAGAAGAAAGUGAUUCCAGAGGAAAAAAUGCCCGUCAAGAAGCGCAACGAGGUGAUAGUCAAAAAGGACAAAAUGCCCGUCAAGGAGCGCAACGAGGUGAUAGUCAAAAAGGACAAGGCGCCCGUUAAGAAGCGCAACGAGGUGAUUGUCAAAAAGGACAAAAUGCCCGUCGAGGUGCGCAACGAGGUGAUAGUCAAAAUCAAAAAGACGCCCGUCAAGAAGCGGAAAUCAAAGACACAGCGACCUGCUGUUUUAGUGCAAAAAUCACAUCCAUUAAGAAUAGCUAAAUUAUCCAUCCAGUCCAACAGCGAGCCACUCAGAGUUAAUCAUAGAUCCCACAAAGACUAUGAUGCUGAUGGAGAGGGAGGUGCAGUUGGCGAUGGCGAUGGAGAUGAAGAGGGCGAUGGAGAGGGCGAUGGAGAGGGCGAUGGAGAGGGCGAUGGAGAGGGCGAUGGAGAGGGCGAUGGAGAGGGCGAUGGAGAGGGAGAUGGAGAGGGAGAUGGAGAGGGCGAUGGAGUGGGCGAUGGAGAGGGCGAUGGAGAGGGCGAUGGAGAGGGCGAUGGAGAGGGCGAUGGAGAGGGCGAUGGAGAGGGCGAUGGAGAGGGCGAUGGAGAGGGCGAUGGAGAGGGCGAUGGAGAGGGCGAUGGAGAGGGCGAUGGAGAUGGAGAUGGAGAGUGCAUUGGAGAGGGCGAUGAUGAUAGUGUACAUUCCAGAGUGCGAUGGAAAGGAAGAUGCAAAAAGCGUUCAUUCCUGAGUGCGAUCAAGUUGGAGAGGGCGAUGGUGGUGGAGAAGGUGAUGGAGGCGUAG